AUGGGGAGCGAACAGAAGUUCGUCCCCGACGCUGACGACGACCAGGAGAGCAGUGUGAGCCUGAAGACCGCGUCGUCGAUUAUUGGUGGCUCCGCAGUGGCUCUUGAAGAGCGUGAUGACGAGCAGUCAGCGUCGGAUGAUGAGCAGUACGAGAUCAAUCACACUGGACAGGAGAUCACCACCGAGGACUUGGAUAACAAGUCGUUUAAGAACGAGCACAAGGUGUUCAACUUCAGCCUGCCGUUUGGAGGAAACCCGCUGUCGCAUCUGCCCUCGAUAAAGCACCUCAAGGGCUCGCUGCCCAUAAUUGGGAAUAACGAUGCUGACGACUACCCGCUGGAUGCGAUGCUGACGAGAGAGGAGAUCAAAAACAAGCUGAAGAGACAGAUCUCUGUCUCCACUGAGGAGGAGGCGUAUCUGUACAAGAACAGCCAUGGAAUCGACAGCUCCAGGUUUAGAGCCAUGAAGAGGGCGUUGACACCAUCUGUUAACUUAUCAUUGCCAAGGGAAGAGAAGAAGAGGCUCGAAUCGUCCGUUUGGGACGAUAUCGAAGGCGAAGUUGUGAUUCUUGGUGGCUACAGAGGAAGCAUUCUUCGGGAUAGAAAGACCAACAAGAGGGUGUGGAUUCCCUUGCGUGCUGGUUUCAACAUUAGAAAGAUAAACUUGUUGAUUGGACCAACUGACGAGGAUGAGGCUAAGGCUCAGGAGGAGAUCUACUCGGAUGAUAUGAUGACACAUGUUGGUCCAGUGGACAUCUCAAGGAAGCUGAAGGCCAAACUGACCAAUGGUAAAACCAAGGUUCAUACCUUUGGCUAUGAUUGGAGACUAUCCUCUGAUAUAAGCUCUGAGCAGCUGUAUGAAUUCUUAAAGGGGUUGGAUUGUAAUAAACCUGGGAGUGACGGCAAGAGGAAAGGUGCUAUAGUCAUUGCACAUUCAAUGGGUGGUCUCAUAGCUCACCAUGCAAUGCAAAAAGAUCCAUCAUUGUUCAGAGGUUUGAUCUACGUUGGUGUUCCUGCAAUGUGUCCAAAUAUCCUGGGCCCAAUACGGUUUGGUGAUAGCGUUUUGUUCAGCUCAAAGAUCCUUACUGCUGAGGCCAACUUCUUUAUGAGAUCAAGUUUUGUAUUCCUCCCACAAGAUGGACGUUGUUUCGUCGAUCGCAAGACCCACAAGCAUUACAAUUUGGACUACUUUGAUCCGCAGUCAUGGGUUGAUUAUAACCUCUCGCCUCUCGUUGGCAGAGACCGUAAGAAGGAAGAAGAGACAAAGGCCACGAAGGAUGAUCAAAACGUGCGUCCAAGGACGCCAAUGUCUCCAAUAUUUGAGAUCAGUGAGAUGAAGAGAUCUCUUUCUCUGUCGAGGUCAGAGCCUGAGACGUAUCAAACGUCAUUUGAAGACUCAUUUGAUUAUCUCAAGAGAACUUUGAAGCGCACAAGGAAGUUCUUGGACGAACUGGCUUACGAUGAGACAAAGAAUUAUCCACCUUUGGCUAUAGUUUACGGUAAUGAGGUUCCAACAGUGAGAGGGUGUCGUGUGGAUGGUCCACAGGGAAUCGUCGAAGGAGACUACGACGAUUUCUACUACGGACCAGGUGAUGGUGUUGUCCACCAUAAAUGGCUCAUGCCAGAGCGUCGUGAUUUCCCCGUCGUUGCUAAGCUGGCGUCUCCACUGGGUCACAUCUCUCUGAUGACGGACUUCCCGGUCAUGGCUGAGGCCCUCAGCGCUGUUCUUGCUGAAGAACACGUGAGGGCAUCCACCUAA